GUUCUCCGCAGUACGUACUGUAGACCCGGUUCCGAAAGCCACUCCCAACCAUUCGUGUCUGUCAUUCGACCGGCUUACGUCCACAAGUUCAGUACGAAGAGGAUCUGUAACAGUGUAAAAUAUUUUUGACAAUAUCUCUAUAAAACUUGAAGCAAUGGCACCACAGUACUACCACACGCAGUGCACUCCAACCGUGUACCCUGCUGAUCCAUUCGACGCUGAAGCAGAUGCAGGCAUCUUGAGAGCUGCAAUGAAAGGAUUCGGAACCGACGAACGAGCCAUUAUUGAUGUGCUUGGUCGUCGUGGUGUGGUGCAGCGUUUAGAAAUUGCUGAUAAAUUCAAGACAUUGUAUGGGAAGGAUUUGGUCUCAGAAUUGAAAUCUGAACUUGGAGGAAACUUUGAAAAAGCAAUCGUGUCUCUGAUGACUCCACUACCCGAACUGUAUGCACGUGAAUUGCAUGAUGCAAUCUCUGGAAUUGGUACUGACGAAGGAGCCAUCAUCGAGGUCCUCGCAUCCCUCAGCAAUUAUGGUGUGAAGACCAUUGCUGCAGUUUACAAGGAUUUGUACGGCAACGAACUCGAAGAUGAUCUGAAGGGUGAUACCUCUGGCCACUUCAAGAGGCUUCUUGUGUCUCUUAGCUGUGCCAACAGGGAUGAGUCAGCGGAUGUUGAUCACAGUGCCGCUGUUGCUGAUGCAGAAAGACUCCUAGAGGCAGGUGAAGGUCAGUGGGGGACCGAUGAAAGCGUGUUCAACGCUAUUCUGAUAAGCAGGAGUUAUCCUCAACUCCGUAAGAUUUUUCAAGAGUAUGAACGGCUUUCUGGUAGCGACUUGGAACAGACCAUCAAGAGGGAAUUCUCCGGCUCCAUUGAAGAUGGUUACCUCUCUGUCGUAAAGUGCGCUCGUGACAAGACCGGAUACUUUGCUGAAAGACUACACAAAUCAAUGGCUGGACUGGGAACGGAUGACACAACUCUGAUCCGCAUAGUCGUAACACGUUCUGAAAUAGACCUAGGUGACAUCAAAGAAGCCUAUGAACAAAUUUAUGGUCAAUCAUUGGCAGGAGAUAUCGAUAGCGAUUGUGCAGGAGAAUGGAAGAGACUUCUGAUUGCUAUGUUAAACUAAGUAGCUGAUGCGUUCGUUAAAGUUUUAGCACAUUCCACAGUUGCUUUUCCGUUGAUGCAAGAUGUCGUGUAAUCAUAGGUAUGCAAUUAUAUAUAAUUAUUAAAAAUAUGUAUUUUUACUCUUUACGUAAAAAAUAUUGCAUUACAGUGAGAAAAUUGAAUAUAUACCUUAAAUACAUUUAUGUAUCCUAAUGAUAAAUAUACUCGUCCAAAGAU